AUGUCUGCAAGUAGUAACCAAAAUGGAGCCUCCAGCGACACGGCAUCCACUGCGUCAUCCCUCUCCAACGACACGGCAUUCACAACAGCCACCCUUGUCAACCACAACAACAAUGAACAACGCACAACCCUCACCGGCCAGCCCAUUCCCCGCCAACAAUACGACAGCUACACGAGCAUGAUGUACAGCCAAGGCGGCAUGGGUCUGACUAACGCCGGCGGUGUCAACCUCCUCCCUCCUGGCUACACCGACACCAGCAUGGUGCGCAUUCCCAUCAAAGUCUCUGACUACGCCCCACAAUCCCCAGCGCCCAAGAAGAGAAGUCUCCUCAGCAAACUCGAGCACGAUAAUGAUGUUGAGAUUAAAGUGGUUGCCAUGUCUCGCGGGGAUUAUCUAAGUACUGGAUCAAAGGUGAAGACGGGAACUUCCGGUCUGAUGUGA